AAAAGCUAAAACACGGAGUAGAAUUUGUGUAGUUUUCUGAAGGAAAUGUCCUUCCUCUGGCUUCUUCCCACCUUGUUAUAGAUGUGGUCACCUCACUCCUUUGGCUCUAACGUAAUUGCCAUUUCGCUGGGAUUUAAGAAGCUGCCCUUCUGAACUCUAGAUGUUAUGAGGACUCCUAUGAGAGGCUGUCCCCUCAACUCACAGAGUCCAGUCAAGAGCUGUAGGCUGGUGUUGAGAGGCCGUCAGGGGUCGGGUUGCUACUUCUGUCUCUAGAACUUAGCCCUCACCACUCCUGGCUCUGAGCUGGCACUGUGGGAUACCGUGCACCUGGGCCUCUUUGCUCUUCUUCCUUUUCUGGCUUGGCUCAUUCAGAAGUCAGUGACAGCAUCAUUCAUUCCACAGGAGUUUCCUUAGACUCUGUCUCCAUGUGAGAGCCUCUUAGGGGCUCUGUAGUGCCUGUGUUUCCCAGGCCCUGAGUUUAUAAUGUGCCAUUGACUGACUUGUGUGUCAAUUCUCCCCUGCUGUGGUCAGAGGUGGAUAACUAAUGUAGCGCCAGCCUCGUGAGAAACGGGUGCUUGGGAACCUGCAUUGUUGUGGACUGACGCUGCCAGGGGCUCUGCCAGGCCCUGGAUUGGCUGUUGGAGUCCCCUCACGGUGGUCCUGGGGCAGGGGCAUGUUCACUGCUCUGUCCCUGAUGAAGCUGAGGUGGAAAGGAGAGGGAUUUGUCUGAGGUCCCAUACACUGAGAAGUGCUGGAGCGAGGUCAUGAUUGUAACCUUGGUCUAGAUGCUCUAUUAAUUAACAUUUAAUGAUUUCUGAAUAUCUCGACAAUAGCAGGUGUCCAGUAAAUAUCUGUGAUUUCAGCGCUAAAUAGGAAAUUUGUGAACAAAUUGGUAUCCACACCGAGAUUAUUAUUAAUUUUUUAUCCCUAUGAAAUUCUCAAGAUAGUCAAGGGAAUUUUUGGAAGGUUUUGAAAAAGAGACAGUUUUCCAUUCUUAAUUUCUGAAUCUCUGCCAUUUUUUUAAGUUGUUUUAUUGGUUCUGAGAUACUUAGUGAAGAAGCAAUAAUAUAUCGAUACUAUUUUUAAAUUUCAAAGUAGUUUGACAGCUAAAGAAGAUAAUAUUUGGGAUUUGGUUAUUAAUUUAUUUUGGGAGGGUCUGUAGUGGAUUUCUUUCAUAGGUUUGCAUUAGAACUAUUAACAGGCACUCUGAGCUGGUGUCCACCACUGGAAAGUAUGAGUUUGGGAUUAGCUAACAGUUGGUGUAGAAGGAAUAGAGCCAGAGAACUGAGAGAGCCUUUUCCCUCUGGCCGGGCACUGGCAUUUUCUAGAAGCUUCAGCUACAAAUUUCUUGGGAAGGAUUAACUUCAGGGCCUUGUUUGGCUCCCUUACCCUAAUACUUUGUAUUCUCAUCUUCCUGUUUACUUGGUGCUUGAAGAGUCCUAGGAUUUGGGAUGAUUGAUUGGGUGUACUGGUGUAUAAAUCUCUGACUUGAAUAUUCAUUGAAAUUUUUUAACAUUUUAUUUUUAAGUAAUUUCUACACCUAACGUGGGCUCGAACUCACAACCCCAACCGAGAUCAAGAGUCAUGUGCUCCACCAACUGAGGCUGGCACCCCUCAAUGAAAUUUUGUAAAAAUCUCUUCCCUCAGCUUGGAGCUCCGAGUUCUCUUACGCACAGCAGUGAGCUUGGCAGCCCAGGCCAAAGUGAGCUCAACAACAUAGACCUGGCAGCGCUCUUCUCUGAUGCACCCGGUGAUGGUGGUAGUGCGGCGGGGGCCUCAGAUGAGGCGCUGAACUCUGGAAUCCUGACUAUUGAUGUUACUUCUGUGAGCGCUUCACUCGGAGGGAACCUUCCUGCUAAUAAUAGUUCCUUGGGGCCCAUGGACCCGCUGGUGUUGGUGGCCCACAGUGACAUCCCUCCAAGCCUGGAUAGCCCUCUUGUUCUUGGCACUGCAGCCACAGUUCUUCAGCAGAGCAGCUUCAGUGUGGACGACGUGCCGACUGUAAGUGCAGGAGCAUUAGGCUGUCUGGUAGCUCUGCCUGUCAAGAACUUGAGUCCGGAUCCACAGGCUUUGACCUCAGGUGGUCAUUUAGCAGACAACACCACCACACUGACCUCUCUGAGCCCCCCACCUGGAAACACCGGUGGCCCAGAAUUGCUGGCUCCAAUCAAAGUGGAACCGGACUCGCCUCCUGGCCCCGACACCGUGAGGCAGCAAGAACGGAGCCGAGGGGCGCCCAGGUCGGUGUUCUGCAGCCCUGCGGAAAAGCACAGUCCUCAGAAAGACACGGGGCUCAGUGCGGGGACCGGCAACUUUUAUUUGCUGUGUGACGUUGGGCUGCCUCGAUUCUCUGAGCACAGAUGGUGUGUGGUGAAUGGGUUACAGGAAAGUGGGGGCUCAGCAAGAACUGAUUCCCGAGCCAUUCAACUAGCCAAGAAAAAAAAGCAGAAAGGAACUGGGAGCAACGCAGGUGAGGCUGUGUGUGCUGGGGGAUUGAGGGAUCUGAGUCACCCUGGGCCUUAAUUAAGGACAGAAGAAACACGCAGAAUAGGUGUUUCUAUGUUCUUUGUGUUACUUUUAUGUUCAAAAUGCCCUUUAUCAACUCCUUAGUUUUAUGUGAACUUAAGAAAAAAUUACCAGCAAAAUUUCCAGCAUCAGUAUGAACAUGUUUUAUUUAUCUAAAAACAGCUGUGCAAAAGGUAGUGGUCACAGACUUCAAUGUCUGCUGCCUAGCAGGCUGCUAGGACAAAGAACAGAUUGGCCAGGUGUCAGAAGAGCAGAGGUGCGAACCUGAUGCUAACUGGCCACUGGCCCCUGACCUUGGCAUUAGGAAGAGCCUGGGGACAUGGGUGGCACAUGGCAUUGUGGAUAUCCAGUUCCGAGUUCUGUUGAAAUCUUGUCAUUUUAAAAUGUCAGCAAUUUUUUUGGAAUUUUUAAAAAACACUCAU